CGCACUACCUCGGAAAGUCAUUAAGCUCUCAAGUAGAGCUGUAAUGGGAAAUGAGAUUCGAAUAUAUGACAAAAAUAGCCACAGAUAUAGUGAGAAUCAAAAGUGACAAAAAAAACUGGUAGGACUGGGUACUAUUGAGGCCUAAAUGAUCACUCUGGGCUGCCAAACUGAAUGGCCAGAGAACCGAUUAUAAAGAUAGGAAUUGUUAUAGUUGGGAAAACAAAUCCACUGAAACCUGCCGAGUCAGAGCAGUUGAUCGGCUUAAUUGCAGGCGGGACUUUUUCGUUUCACAUUUUUAGAUUUUAGCAUUUUUGCAUUUUAGCAUUUUUGAAUUCAAAUUUCCAGCGAGAUCGAUGUCGAGAUAUCGUGUUAGUCAGCAAUUAAAUGGAUAAUGGGUGAUCGGUGAUGGGUGAUGGGUGAUGGGGCGACCCCCGAUCUGCUCAUCCGUCCCCCGACUUGACUCCGUCCGGCAGAGGCAGAAGUGUCAGUUGUUCACACGAGACCCAGUCGAGGGCAUCUCCGGUUUGGAGUACGGAGUGUCAUGUGUGCUGCCCAUGUAGUUCACUCUUCCCACCCGCUAAUUGUCCACUAAUUGCUCCCAGCCGGUCCGGCCCGGCCCAGCUGCUUGAGACGGUCCAAUCACGGGACUUGGGAGCAGAGCCAUGCCUAGGCCUAUAAAAGCCCCGGGGCGGUCCGGGUGGAGCAUCCAAUUCGAAGUUAGUUUGCGUCGAAAAUGCCGCGUCUCGUUAGUGCCUCGUCCGUGUUGCUGCUAGUCCUGGCCUGCCUGGUCCUGGGAUCCGGGUCGGCGUCCGCCAAGCCCCACGAGGAGAUGACCCAGGAACAUGCCACCAAACUGGCCCACGACUGCCAAGCGGAGACGGGAGCCAGCGAUGAGGAUGUGGAGCAGCUGAUGAAGCAUGAGAAGGCCGAGAGCCAUGAGGCCAAGUGCCUGCGAGCCUGUGUCCUGAAGAAAUUCGAGAUCUUGGAUGACGCCGGCAAGCUGAGCAAGAAGCACACUGUGGAGAUGAUCAAGGCCAUGACCGAGCACGAGGAGGAGAAGGCUGAAGUGGUGGAAGAAGUGGCCGAACACUGCGAGGCCAUCGAGGUCCCCGAGGAUCACUGUGACGCCGCCGACACCUACCAGAACUGCAUUUAUGAGCAGUUGAAGGAGCACGGCAUCGACCUGAAGCACUAAGCCCCAACCCGGACCGACCAUGAACCUCCAACCAAACCACAAGCGCCCCUCUGGAACACAAUCUAUGAAUUGUAAUUAUUUUUUUUUUUCGGCAGAUCUGUUCUGCAACUAGCCUGUAAGAAUCAAUAAACCGAGCAACUUCA